AUGUCAAAAGAAUAAUAGAAAUUAUUGAGUUUGACAAAUAAAUUCAUUUUUUAUUUGUUGAUUCUAUAAUAUUUAUUCAAAUUUUACAUAAUUAAUGUGUUUAAGAAGGAUGCUCUGUCUCCUAUUAAUUGUUCUAUGUAUUUAGUUUAAACCUCAUUGAAAUGGAAACAACUAACAAAUGUAAAAGAGACUAGAAAAGGAUAUGAGCUCUUGUUACAUGAACCGUUGACAUAAUUCAUGCAAAUUUAAUAAAUGGAAAUGUGAUA